GAGAGACGAAAGAAAGAAAAACACACAAAGAAGCAUUUUGAUCACAAGGAGGUAUUUUGAUUACACAGUACUUGCGGAAAAUUGAUUACCAAAUGGGCCUGUCCUUCGUUUAUUCACUUCCAUCCCUAAACCACUCCAUCGUUUUUUUAUUAUUAUUAUUUUUUUUAACGCAGUAGGGAAUAAUAAAAGUCCGCGAUAUCGAUGGCCUGAAAGCUUAUCUUAUCUUGGUAUAAUCGAUAAUCCUGUGGCUGUAGACGGACGUUUCGGCAGAGACGCGGCACUCCUGGAUUGUAAGCGUCCGAGGCAGUUGUUCAGGAAAGAGUCGUUCCAGGGUUCCGAAUUGCUUGUUACAGCCGGGGCAGAUCCGUUCCUGAGAGAGAGACGCCGAAAUGAUAUCAGUGAUGAAAGCGGGGUCCGACUGGCGCCAGAUAGGCCUAUUUAACCUGCUGCUUGUUGCUUCUCUCACUCGAGGAGAAAUCUACGAGAGGCAGCAGAUGGAAAGGAUCGAGGAAUACAGAUCCAAGGACGUGGAGAGGUGCGUCAAACCUCUCAACUCCGAGGCUAUGCUGAAGGUCUUCCUCGUGGUAAAGUCUACAGCAAUUAAUGUUGAGUACGUGGUCGGUUUUUCGCUGAUUGACCAGGACUUCUUGGCUCCCUUGGGCAGCUGGCACAAACUGAGCAUCAAUCACAUCAUUGCUGACUUUAGGCAUAAUCUUAAAGUCAAGCUGGACAACAAAAAAGUUGACUUCAGCUAUUAUAAGAAAAACCAGUGGUUCAGCACAUCUUACUCUUAUGAAAAGAUUCACCUUUUCGCUAAGGGUAAAGUGGAAGUUGUGGACUGCAACGUUCUGGCCACCACAGCAGACGCUGAAUCAUCGUGGGUGUGGUCGAUGGGCGGCGUGGGGGGCGUGCCGGUCGUGCCCCUGACGAUUGUGGCGGUGGUCGUCCUGGCCGUGUCCAUCACCCUGUGCGUGAUCUGUUGGCGGAAAAAGAGCCAGGCCAAACACGAGACGACGAAGGCUGCGCAGCUCGAAAACUUCCGACACACAGAUUACCAGGUGGUAGACACGAGGGAUGAAAUGGAAGGGAACAAGGAGGGACCGAGCAAGGACGAGGGCGUGGUCAGGGAUGCCCGGAUUAACCAGAGGAUGGACGACUCUUACGAACCGGUAAUGAACCAGGGGCGUCCUCUAACCACUUUCAGCAAUAGCGGCAUAGAGAACCAUCAACAUUGAGGACAGGGUAUGCUAAGUGAGACAGUUCUCUAGGGAAGCAUCUAUGGAGGUUUGGAACAUCGUGCAUUUCUAAUUUAUUUCUGACUAUCACAUCUUUGCAGUACAGUUGUCUCUGUGCUAAGUUCCUGUAUAUUUUUUACCUCGUCAUCUUUUAUUUCUCACUCGUAAGAGCUUAUUUCAAUGACUCUCGGAAUAUCCUUUUCUCUCUUCUUCUCUUACGCAGAUUUAGUUCAGUAUUCACGCCGAAAGGCCGUACUAUAGAAUAUCAUUACUUCUACCUCGCAUUUUACAUUAUGCACUGCCUUGUGGUUUGAUAUAAUGUUUACAAGGAAGAUCUGUGUGAUCUCAAGUAAUUAAGUGGUGUUUCGUGUAUUUUAUGGCGCUAGUUUAUGUGUAAGAAAGGUGUUACAAUGUAUGCAUAGCCCGUUUGUUAUGCUUAAUAAUAUUUCGGUGCAUGUUCUAACGUAACGUGAAAACUUUGGUGUAAGGAAAUGGUAAAAUUGCUAUUCCACGGUAUUAUCGCAGACAACCAUUUUAAAUUCAUAAAGACUUAUAUUUACAUUUACAUCGUCAAGCUUGCACUAAAAAAAAGGAAAAAAGGGGAAAAGAAAACUUCUAUAUUCUAUUUAAUACGCUAGCUUACAUAAACAUAGCUCGCCUUUUAAGCUAAUGAAUGUUCCCACGGGUCUGUCAGCUUGGUAUGCCGUUGCGAAGAUGAUAGUGUCAAAAGGGAAUUUUUAGAGAAAUUAGAGAUAGUUUGUGUAAUGUAACAUAUAGAGAAAGUGUUUAUUGUUUCAUGGUAUUUGAACUUUUGUAUCAAUGCGUAGAUAUGUCUGCGUAAUGUCAUAGACACGUCUAUUAUAUAUGAAUAUGCAUAUGUAUAUAUACGCACGCACACACGCACACACGCACACGCACGCACACACGCACGCACGCACGCACGCACGCACGCACGACACCACGC